AUGGCAAAAGCUUCGGAUGAGACAACAAAGUCAACGACGGACCUGGGUGUCAAUUUCAGUCACCGUGAAUCUCAGCACCGUGCUGUCGAAGUUCUCUCCGGAGAAAUCAAAAAUCCAUUAGCCGGGAUACCCAAGCUACAGCUCCAACAAGAUGUGCACCAUUUCGCCGAAUUGUAUGAGAUGAGAGGCGAGUCCUCUUUGCUCUUCAAAGGAGCGUUGGUUUCUCAGAGACCUGGGGACUACGAAGACAUCGAGGAGCUCAACGAGACCGAUCGAGACGCUUUGCGGAACGAAUCUACCCAUCGAUGGAAACAUCCUACGGCUCUUUACUUCACUAUCUUCAUGAACUCCAUUGGCGCCAUGAUCCAAGGAUGGGACCAAACAGGUUCUAACGGUGCCAACCUGUCUUUCCCCCAGGCUUUCGGAAUAUCAGACAAAGGUCCUGAGUGCCUUGCUGCCGGUACUUGCGACAGAAACUCUUGGAUCAUAGGCGCUAUCAACAGUGCGCCAUACAUGGCUAUCUGUCUUUUUGCUUGUUGGCUUUCUGACCCCGUCAAUGACUGGAUCGGCAGACGCGGGGCCAUCUUCGUGGGCGCAAUAUUCGGUGUUAUUGGGCCACUCGGACAAGCCUUUUGCCAGAGCUGGCCGCAGAUCCUGGCAUGCAGAAUCCUUUUGGGCAUCGGCAUGGGCCUGAAAGAAGUCACUGUGCCGGUCUUUUCCGCUGAGAACGCACCCGCCAAUAUUCGUGGCGCCUUGGUCAUGUCGUGGCAGCUGUUCGUUGCAUUCGGAAUCAUGCUUGGGUUCAGCGCCAACCUGGCAGUCGCCAACACCGGUGAUAUUGCGUGGCGCCUGCAACUUGGCUCAGCAAUGAUCCCAGCUGUACCUCUCCUAUUCGGCAUCUACUUCACUCCAGAAUCUCCAAGAUGGUUGCUGAAGAAGAAAAAGUGCAAACAGGCUUAUGAGUCGCUUAAGAGGCUCCGUGGAUCGGGUUUUCUCGCGGCUCGCGACCUGUAUUACAUUCACAGCCAGCUGCAAGAAGAGGAAAAUAUGAUUGCGGAGAAAGGCUUUGAUAAGGGCAAUUUCUUCACUAGGUGUGUAGAGCUCUUCACGAUUUCACGCAAUCGUCGUGCUACUCAGGCAUCGGGCAUUAUCAUGGCGGCGCAGCAGUUCUGCGGUAUCAACAUCAUGUCUUUCUACUCUUCAACUAUUUUUGAGAACGCCGGGGCAAGUAGCCAGACCGCACUCCUAGCUUCAUGGGGUUUCGGCAUGGCCAUGUUCAUCUUUGCCAUCCCAGCUCUGUGGACCAUCGAUACUUGGGGUCGAAGGACCCUACUUCUUGCAACAUUCCCAAACAUGGCUAUUACUCUCUUAGCAGCUGGAAUGGCGUUCUACAUUCCUGCGUCUAGUCCGGCUCAUCUAGGUGUCAUUGCCACGUUCACCUACAUCUUCGCUGCCUUCUACGGCCCAGGGGAAGGGCCAUGUGCCUUCGUAUACUCAGCAGAAGUUUUCCCUCUAUCUCACCGCGAAGUGGGAAUGUCAUGGGCCGUGGCGACCAACAACUUCUGGGCUGUCAUUGUGGCGCUCACCUGGCCACCCAUGAUGCGAGGCUUAGGACCCCAAGGCUCCUUCGGCUUGUUUGCUGUUACCAACAUAAUCUGCUUCGUAGCCAUCUUCUUGUUCAUGCCGGAGACAAAGCAGCGAUCCUUGGAAGAGCUUGACGAUGUCUUCUCCGUAUCGACUCGACGUCACGCAUCUUAUCAACUAAAGGAGGUACUUCCGUGGUGGACCAAGCGGUACAUUCUUCGACAGAGGAACGUUAUGGAGCCGAAGUUGUACCACUUCGAGAUGGAGGAGAAUGUGGAGGCUGCAUCAGGACGUUAG